CCUCAUCUCUUCCUCCUCCUCCUCUCCUCCUAAACCCGCAACAAAAAACCCUAGCAACUCCUCCACCCUUAUCCUCUCCGCCUCGCCUCGGCUCGCCGCCGUGCAGCCGCCGCCGCGCUCUACUACUAGAGGUCUCACAUGGCGCCUUCGCUGAGCAGGAGCCUGGGGGCGUCGUCGGUGGCGGCGCUGCGGCCGUGCGCGGGGAGGGUUAGGGCGCCGGGGGCGGGCGCGGCGCGGGGGAGCGGGUCGGCGAGGUGCGGGAGAGGGGUGAGGUGGGAGGCGGGGAGCGGGAGCAGGGGGAGACUGGUGCGGGUGAGGUGCGACGCCGCCGUCGCGGAGAAGGCCGAGGAGACGGCGGAGGAGGAGAAGUUCGAGUACCAGGCGGAGGUUAGCCGCCUAAUGGAUUUGAUUGUCCAUAGCCUUUACAGCCACAAGGAAGUAUUUCUUCGGGAGCUUGUGAGUAAUGCGAGUGACGCAUUGGAUAAGCUGAGGUUUCUUGGUGUGACUGAUUCUUCUCUCCUUGCUGAUGGCGGCGAGUUGGAGAUAAGGAUUAAACCAGACCCUGAUGCAGGAACCAUAACUAUUACUGAUACUGGCAUUGGAAUGACCAAAGAUGAACUUAAGGAUUGCCUUGGUACUAUUGCUCAGAGUGGCACCUCAAAAUUUUUGAAGGCUCUAAAGGAGAAUAAAGACCUUGGAGCCGAUAAUGGUCUGAUUGGCCAGUUUGGGGUUGGGUUUUACUCAGCUUUUCUUGUAGCGGAAAAGGUUGUGGUCUCCACUAAGAGCCCCAAAUCAGAUAAGCAAUAUGUAUGGGAAGGUGUAGCUGACAGUAGCUCUUAUGUCAUCAAGGAAGAGACUGAUCCUGAAAAAAUGCUUACACGUGGCACUCAGAUUACUCUCGUUUUAAGGCCUGAUGAUAAGUUUGAGUUUGCUGAUCCUGGAAGGAUUCAAGGCCUAGUUAAGAACUACUCUCAGUUUGUGUCUUUCCCCAUAUACACAUGGCAGGAAAAAUCCAGAACUGUCGAGGUUGAAGAGGAUGAAGAGGCAAAAGAAGGUGAAGAGGCGAAAGAGGGUGAACAAAAGAAAAAGAAGACAAUUACUGAGAAAUACUGGGAUUGGGAGCUAGCCAAUGAAACAAAGCCUAUAUGGAUGAGAAGUCCAAAGGAAAUUGAGAAAACAGAAUACAAUGAAUUUUAUAAGAAGGCAUUCAAUGAGUUCUUAGAUCCUCUGGCCUACACUCACUUCACAACAGAGGGUGAGGUGGAAUUUAGGAGUGUCCUUUACAUUCCAGGAAUGGCUCCGCUUAGUAAUGAGGAGAUAAUGAAUCCAAAAACUAAGAAUAUCCGGUUAUAUGUCAAAAGAGUAUUUAUCUCUGAUGACUUCGAUGGUGAACUGUUCCCCAGAUACUUGAGCUUUGUAAAAGGUGUAGUUGAUUCAAAUGACCUUCCCCUCAAUGUUUCUCGUGAGAUUCUUCAGGAGAGUCGAAUAGUAAGAAUUAUGCGAAAGAGACUUGUUAGGAAGACAUUUGAUAUGAUUGAGGAGAUUUCUGAAAAGGAUGACAAGGAGGAUUACAAGAAGUUCUGGGAGAGCUUUGGCAAGUUCAUCAAACUUGGUUGCAUUGAGGACACCGGAAAUCACAAGCGUCUUGCACCUCUGCUGCGUUUCCACACUUCUAAAAAUGAGGGAGAUUUGAUAAGUCUUGAUCAAUAUGUAGAAAACAUGCCAGAGAACCAAAAAGCAAUCUAUUACAUUGCUACAGAUAGUCUCCAGAGUGCAAAGACUGCUCCUUUCCUAGAAAAGUUGGUUCAGAAAGACAUUGAAGUUCUCUACCUCAUUGAGCCAAUAGAUGAGGUUGCCAUUCAGAAUUUGCAGACCUAUAAAGAGAAGAAGUUUGUUGAUAUCAGCAAAGAGGACCUGGAGUUGGGUGAUGAAGAUGAGGACAAUAAGGAAAGCAAACAGGAAUACACUCUUCUGUGUGACUGGGUAAAACAGCAGCUUGGUGACAAGGUAGCAAAGGUUCAAAUAUCAAAGCGCCUCAGUUUGUCACCAUGUGUUCUUGUAUCUGGCAAGUUUGGUUGGUCUGCCAACAUGGAAAGACUCAUGAAAGCACAAACACUUGGGGACACAUCAAGCUUGGAGUUCAUGAGGGGUAGAAGGAUUUUCGAAAUUAACCCUGACCACCCUAUUGUCAAGGACUUGAAUGCUGCCUGCAAAAAUGAGCCUGAAAGUACAGAAGCUAAGAGGGCUGUUGAGCUGUUGUAUGAGACUGCUCUGAUCUCCAGUGGAUAUACUCCUGACAGUCCUGCGGAGUUGGGUGGUAAGAUCUAUGAGAUGAUGACAAUUGCCCUUGGCGGGAGAUGGGGGAGGUCAGACACCGAGACUGAAGCAGCAACCACUGGUGAUGCCAGCACAGAGACAGGCUCAUCUGAAGCCACGGUGACGGAGGUGAUUGAGCCUUCUGAAGUGAGGCCUGAGAGUGACCCAUGGAGGGAUUAAUAAAUGCAAACCUGAGGCUCUCUGAAUGCUCCCUUGUCAUUUUGCUGCUGCUUCUGCAUGAGGCUGGUGAACACAUCUGGAUUGAUCAUGCCAUGGACACCUCCCUGAAGGAUGCCCGGUCGUGAUAAUUGUAGCCCCGGCAUCAUCUCCGUGGAGAAGGAGAAUCCCAUGGGAGCAGAGGAAGGCUGCCCGGGAAAACGAAGAACCUGAAAUCAUCAAGAAAUAUGAUGAACUUGUCGCACACAUUUCUGAAUUUCUGAUUUCUCGCGAAGCAAACUGAAGAAGAAAAACAGAGAGGAGGAAGGGAAGAUGGUUCAAGUUCCAUACAUCCUUGGAAUUGUUGACAAGUGAUUCAAUGUCGAGAUCGAUUCUUGGGUUGACUGCCGAGAGCUUCAUCGACAGAAACUGCAGAGAUGGAAAGUGAAAACCGAAUAUCAGUGUUUGCGUUGUGCUUUGUCAGGUGAAAUUGCAGUCAUUCCCUGUGGAUGAUCAUGUCAGUACCUCGACUUGUCUUUGCAGGGACUGAACAUAGUUGAUGAUCUCGUCGAGCAUCAACGCCUUCCCGGUGACCUAAUCGAAUCAAAUUCAGAAACACAAAUUACCAUCCAUUCUUAUGAAAUUCACAUAUGAUUCAGAAACCUUC